AGAUGGCGCCCGCCUCCCGGAAGUGGCCCCUGAGGCAGCUUCCGCCGCCGCCCGCCCGCCAUGGCGGCGACGCGGCUGGAGCUGAACCUGAUGCGGCUGCUGAGCCGCUGCGAGGCCCUGGCGGCGGAGCGGCGGGACCCCGAGGAGUGGCGGCUGGAGAAGUACGUGGCGGCUCUGGAGGACAUGCUGCGGGAGCUGAAGCUGCAGUCCUGCAAGCCCGCCCCGGAGCUGCUGAACGAAUACUCUCGCAAAGUGGACUUCCUAAAGGGACUUUUGGAAGCUGAAAAAUUGCCUUCAUCAAGCGAAAAGGCUCUGGCUAAUCAGUUCCUGGCCCCCGGCCGCACGCCCACGACCACCAAAGAGAGAACCCCGGCCACUAAAACCGUGCACCUGCAGACAAAGGCUCGUUGCACGGGCAGGAUGAGGAGCGAGCUGCUUGGUACGGACCCCCUGGCUGUGGAUGAUGCUGAGGAGUUAAACAUAAGGAAGCGCAAGCGCCUGGCGGCCGAUGAGAAGCAGUCGGCGGUGGAGCUGGACGCCGUGCUGCAGCGCCACCAGGACGUGCAGGAGAAGCUGGCCGAAGAAAUGCUCAGUCUGGCCCGCAGUCUCAAAAACAACACCCUGGCCGCGCAGAAUGUGAUCAAACAAGAUAACCAGGUGGGAUUAGUGGGGAGGCUUGGAUAUGUCUCUAUGCAAUUGAAGCUUUUCUUUGUUGGAAGAAUCAGCAUCAGAACGUCCAAAUCUGAGUGCAGAACUUUGUUCCCUUGCCCCGCAGACGCUCUCGCACUCUCUGCGGAUGGCAGACCAGAACUUCGAGAAGCUCAAGGAUGAAUCUGACCGCCUCGAGCAGCACGCGAAGAAAUCGGUCAACUGGCUGCUGUGGAUAAUGUUAAUUGUAGUUUGUUUUAUAUUCAUCAGCAUGAUCCUCUUUAUCAGAAUUUUCCCCAAACUCAAAUGACUCGGGUUUUCUAGACUGCCAGGGAGCAGCUGGAGAGCUCAGCUGGGAUGGCACCUGCCAGCAGUCGAGCUCUUUGCCACCUUUCGUGUCCCCAAAUCCAGCGCAAAUUCAGUGGUUUCACACGGAGGACUUACUACACCUGGAUAUUUGGUUACUUUCUCUAACCUAGUGAACAUUGUUGCUUGUUGAGGGGAGAACUGGGUUCAAGACGGCAGUUUAUGCUGAGCUGCUAACGAGUUCCUUAGUGGGCAGACACGGUCCUGUUUGUAAUGUGACUAUUGAAAAUGUCACAACUCCUAAAAGGCGUUUAAUCCAUAUGAAUAUAAGUAACAGUCCAAGUCUUAAUUGCCCCUGUCUCUACAGCUUUACUGAACCAGGACAUUGCUGCCAACAGGACAUUUAAUUACAAGGUUGUGUAUGUACCCAGGUGUGGGAGUUGAGUUGCUGGCCUGGCUCAGGUUCAGAGCGGAUCAGCAGGUAAAACUGAUCUCAGGCUCACCUUUCUCCAGCCUUCGCUAGGAAGUCUGAGCUGAAGACGACUGCAAAGAGCUGAAGCAGCUUGAUGGUGCGAUGUCCGCUUCCCUCGUGUGCAAGUGUUCUCAUUGUCUGGCAUGUUGAUUGCAUCAAGAAAUCACCGUAACCCCGGUAUUAACCCAUGGUACUAACGCUCUGUGUGGUGCCGACCUCGCCUGUACAAACGUGUGUUCGUUGUAAGAUGGGAGCGAAGGAAACGUGUCUUUAAAAAGAAAGGAUAACGAAUCAGCCUUAAGCGUUUGAGCUGAGUUACUCUGUUCAAGAGGUCGGGGUCAAACUUGUAUUCCUAAGAGGUCGCUACAAUAAAGCAGAGAUGAACUGAA